CUGUCUGCUGCUACGUCAUCAGAGCACGUCACACAACAACAGAGCUGCACCACAUCCACUACCGCUCCAUGAGCACCACCUCGACCUCCACCACCUCACCAACUCCACCACCUCCAUCUCUACCACCAUCUCUUCACCUCCUCCAGCACCUCCUCUCCAUCCUCUCUGAAUCGUGUGACCACCUCCUCGUGUCUGUGCUUCUCCUCCAGGUCACAGAGUUGUUACACAAUUCAUCAGCUCCUCCGCAGCUGCUCCUCCUCAGUGACACCGACUGAGAUCAGAACAAGAACCAAGAGACAGAAGCUGCAGGACAUAAAGAAGCGUCUGAGUCUCAGUGUGAGUCUGAGUGUGAGUCUGAGUGUGAGUCUGAGUGUGAGUCUGUGCGUCACACGCGUCUCCGCCGCUGGCAUAAUUUGCAGACAGGAGGAAGAGGAGGAAGAAGAGGAGUAGGAGGAGGAGGAGGGGUCUGCUGACACCAGCGCGGCUCUCUCUCUCCACAGCACCGAGCAGCCUCCUGUCUGCGGGACCGGCCACGCCAUCCAUCCAUCUCAUCCUGACGCGGCUCCGCGGAUGUCUGGACUCGCUCUGCGGGGUUCGGGUCGUGUGGGAGCGGACGCUUUGGCACCGAGGCGCCGGGGCAGGAGACGAGCGGGUCGGUGCAGCUGCAGCGUUUUGCAGGAGCUGAGACGAGGAGGCGGGGCGCAGCAGCAGCUCCAUUGAGGGGGGGGCACUCCGGGACGCUCUGAAUGAGAAGCCAGACUCUGCACUGCAGUGGAUCCCCUCAGGUGUGUGUGUGCAGCUCCGUCUCAUUCAUACCCCAACAUCCUGCAGAGGCGUCCUGCAGCCUCGUGCCACCCUCCAGGAUCCAGAGCGUCCAGAGCGUCCAGACCGUCCAGCCUCCCCCCGACCCCCCCGACCCCUUCCUCUCCCCUCCAUGCAUCACACACACUUUGUGGAGGCUGGUCAGGCGUCUGCGUUGGUUUGAUUCACCCUGCGGGCCUCAGUCUGUGGCGGCCGGGCGUCACACGCUGGAUUUAACACAAACUGAAGGAGGGUUAACGGAUCAGGACUGAAGCAGACACCGGACCACAGCUCGGCUCCGGUCGGACCACUCCGGGACGAGGGGAGUUGAACCUGCGCCCUCACGAGGCUGCAGAAGGAGGAAGGUGUCGAGUUCCACCUCAGGGAUCAGAUCUUUAUCGUUUCCACUGUGUUGGUCCUCGUCAGCACGACGCAGCACUUCUCAGGCGGAACCACAGGUUCCCAGGUUCACAGGUUUCGGUCGAGUUUCACCUCAGGGAUUUUUUACCGACAGAUUUUCCGUUUGGUGUUUUUUUUCAAGACGUUUCGAUCCGGAACGAAAUUCUCAGGCAGCGUCAAAACCCAAUGAAAUCCUGUCAGCAUGGCAUCCGACUCUUUCCAGUACCGGGCCAUCUUCGAGUACAAGCGGGAGCGUGGCGAUGACAUCAACCUCCAGACGGGCGACCUGCUCACCGUCCCCAAGGCCUCGCUGAUGGCGGCGGCGGGGCCGGAGUACCAGGAGGGGGGGGAGCGGAGCCCCAAGGGCUGGCUGCACGGCACCAACGAGAGGACCAAGGAGCAGGGCGACUUCCCGGGGACCUUUGUGGAGUACGUCGGCGUGAUGAGAGUCGGACUUCCUGUGGCUAAGUCCUGGCCCAGGGCCGUGCCAGCGACCCCUGGAGGGCCACAGACCGCCGCGGGCCCUCAACCGCCAGGAGCAGCCGCUGCUUCAGGUGUGGAGGCGGAGCUUCUGUCUGACGCCGCCCCCGUGGUCGUGUGGAGACUCGUCGAAGCCGUCGAGAAACUCGGUGUGAACAGCGAGUCCCUGUACCGAGGUCCUCCAGCCUCCGGGGGACCCGUCGAGCUGCGACAGUCUCUGGACUCAGACCCGCUCUCAGUGGACCUGGACCAGUAUGAUGUGGUUUCUCUGACUGAGGCUCUCAGAGGUUUCCUGCAGGACCUGAACGGCCCCAUCAUCCCGGGCUCGGUCUACAGCGAGCUGGUCUACACCGCUCAAGAGAGUCCCAGCGUGGAGGAGUGUGGCGAGAGGCUGAAGAGGAUCCUGGAGUCUCCCAGCAUCCCUCAGGCCAACCACCAGCUCCUGGUCCACCUCAGCAGACACCUGGCCCGGGUCGGCCAGCACAGCCCGGCCGGCCCGCGGCUGCUGGGCCAGACCUUCGCCGAGCUCGUCUUCAAGAACUCUGCUCUCAGUGCCGACGUGAACCCGGAGCAUCACGUCCGGAUCCUGGAGGCUCUGAUUGCAACAGGCGGACUGCUGGAGAUGCAAACUGCCCCAGCUCUUCCUCCAAAGCCGGCAAAGCCCCAGCAGCCCUCCUCGGUGGUGGUGGGAGGGGGCGGCAGCACCAACGGCCCCAAGGAUGGAGGAGCAGGAUGCUCGCUGCAGGAGGCAGAGUGGUACUGGGGAGACAUAUCCAGGGAGGAGGUGAACGACAAACUCAGAGACAUGCCCGACGGGACCUUCCUGGUGCGGGACGCCUCCACCAAGAUGCAGGGCGACUACACUCUCACACUGAGGAAAGGGGGAAACAACAAGCUGAUAAAGAUCUACCACCGCGAAGGGAAGUACGGCUUCUCCGACCCCCUGACCUUCAGCUCGGUGGUGGAUCUCAUCAGCCACUACAGACACGAGUCUCUGGCUCAGUACAACACCAAGCUGGACGUCAAACUCGUGUUCCCCAUCUCCCGCUUCCAGCAGGACCAGCUGGUGAAGGAGGAUAACAUUGAUGCGGUUGGGAAGAAGCUCCAGGAAUAUCACAAUCAGUACCAGGAGAAGAGCAAAGAGUACGACCGACUGUACGAAGAAUACACCAAGACAUCGCAGGAGAUCCAGAUGAAGCGCACGGCCAUCGAAGCCUUCAACGAGACCAUCAAGAUCUUCGAGGAGCAGUGCCACACGCAGGAGCGCUACAGCAAGGACUACAUCGAGCGCUUCCGCCGCGAGGGCAACGACAAGGAGAUCGAGCGGAUCCUGAUGAACUACGAGAAGCUCAAGUCGCGGCUCGGAGAGAUCCACGACAGCAAGGUGCGGCUGGAGCAGGACCUGAAGACACAAGCCAUGGACAACCGUGAGACGGACAAGAAGAUGAACAGCCUGAAGCCCGACCUCAUACAGCUCCGCAAGAUCAGGGACCAAUAUCUAGUCUGGCUCAAUCACAAAGGAGUUCGACAGAAACGAAUCAACGACUGGCUGGGAAUCAAGAACGAGACCACUGACGAAGCCUACUUUGUGACCGAGGAGGACGAGAACCUGCCGCACUGCGAUGAGAAGAGCUGGUUCGUCGGGGACUUGAACCGGGUCCAGUCGGAGGAGCUGCUCAUCGGGAAGCCCGACGGAGCGUUCCUCAUCCGGGAGAGCAGCAAGAAGGGCUGCUACGCCUGCUCUGUAGUUGUUGAGGGCGAGGUGAAGCACUGUGUGAUCUACAGCACGGCGCGGGGCUUCGGCUUCGCGGAGCCCUACAACCUGUACGGCAGCCUGAAGGACCUGGUGCUCCACUACCACCAGACCUCGCUGGUGCAGCACAACGACUCGCUCAACAUCCGCCUCGCCUACCCCGUCUACGCACAGAUGCCCUCCGGACGCAGAUGAACCCCCCCCCAGUCUGCUCACACUCCCACAUAGACUACAAACCAACCCCCUCCCGGGGAAAGGGAGAAUGGGAGGAGUGAGGGAAGGAGGGAGGGGGAGGAUUGGUUGAAGUACAAACGCCCCCCCGACACCAGACCCGUAAACGAUAGAUAGAAACACUUGCUGCAACACACACGUCAGCCACCUUGGAGUUAUAUAUAUUUUUACAAGAACAUUUUUCGGAGGGCAUUCUUUCUAAAGACUGCUUGAUUUGCACAAGGAAGUUUUAAAUGUUUGUGAAUGUGAAACAAAAAAGAAGCGACCGAGGGAAGGAAGGAAACGGAGUAGGCAACUUCAGAGUUUCAGGUUGACCCUGCUGCUACCGAAACUCCAGCUCAGACUUUGACCUAGAAACUCACAAAACCACGAAGAAGAAGAAGAAGACGACAACAAAACAUUCCCAUUUUCAACCUUUUCUUUCACCUCAAAUGAUUCUAUUACUGCUUUUACUUUUUGUUUUGUUUCUGGAGUCGUUUUCAUGUUUUGGAUGUUUCCUGUUUCUUUACUCCCAACUCUGUUUGUGGUAAAUGCAAGAGGAGAUGAUGAUGAUGAAGAUGAUGAAGAUGAUGUCAAGUGUCUGUUUCUGUCCCUCUCCGUACGAGAAGCAAGAAUAAUGUAGCAUAACGGAAACGGACGCUCGCGUUGUGGAGCGCGCCUCUAUGUAGAGUGCUGCUGCUGAGGGGGGAAGGGGGGGGGGGGCACAAGUGACACUAAACAGUUUUGUAGAGUUGAAGGACAAAAGGUUUUUGCUUUUAUACGAACUGUAGAGUUUUUUUUUUGCCAGUGUGUAAGUGGCAGCGUCACAGAUUAGAACCAGAGACCAAAGUUGGUGUGGAGUGGGAGGGGCUAAAGAGUCUUUUCCUCUUUUCUUUCCCCUUUUGUGAACGGGGGGAGGAGCCAAGAGAAACAAAUGGACGUUGUGUUUGAGACCACACAUAAAACUGAGUUUUGGACCACGUGCUUGUGCACCAAAUAGCCUUUUUUCUGGAAAACCAAAUGGUACGAGAACAGAAACAACUCCUGUGAACACAGACGGUCGAGUAGGAAGCACUUAGACUCGUUUGUGACCUCCGCUGCGGGAGCGUCGACCUCAACGGGUCACGUUCCUGACACUGGAUUCAUGUUUUAAGUGUUUUAAACAAGUAGUCUGAUGAGGUAGCGUCUACCAGGAAGCAUAGCGGCGAGAUUAAACUUCCUUUGUUCUUCCUCUGAGGUGAAGUCACUCUGCAGCAGAGCUCAUCAGCUCCUGUGACGGGAACGUGACGCCUGCAUGAGAGCGUCUUCAUCGUGCUCCUGACGCCUCGGAGGAAACAGCAGGAAAGCUAACUCCUCCUCGCUAACGGGGGAAAGAGUCGAUGUUUUUCGGCUUUUAUCUGACAUGUCUGCUCAGUGACCGUCAUUAGAACGAGCGCCCCGAGCUGCGAGGUCACAAACGACUCCACACGAGACCCGACGGGAGGAGCCAGAAAACAUGAAAACCCAUUUUAUGUGUGGUUGACACCGAGAGAGUGAGAACGGGCGAGUGAAUGCUACACACUGUGGGUUGAACACUUUGUGCUUUUUGUUAGAAAACCUUCAGAAAUAAUAAGCUUUGAUAAAUAAUGUUUUUUAUGUGUGACGCAGCGACAGGAGGCGGAGCCCCGAGCUGCAGACACAGGCUUACGGAGAAAAUACUGAAAACUUGAAAGAACGUGCAAUCUAGAGUUGUGUUGCUGUAGUUCAGCGGUCGAGCAGCGAGCGAGCGAGAGAGAGAGAGAUGCACUACGGUCCCAGAGAUAAUCAAAGUGCACAGUGAAGCUUCUGGAGUCAAACCUACGUUUUGUUUGUUCUUUUUGAUUUGAUUUCUGUUGAACUGGUUCUUGAAGCUCAGAACUUCUUGGCCGGAGCUCGACUCUACAACCAGUGGAAGCAUUUUUCUGUCAAAGACUAAAACAAAUAAAAAGCAUCACGCAAUAAAAACUAUCUUCAAAAACUGGAGAGAAAAACAAGUUGCAUUCUAUUUUUCCUGGGAUUCUCUGGUCGCUGAUUGGCUGAGGAGUCUGAGAUUAAGAAUGAGGGGGGGGGGGGGGGUGUCCCUGUCUUCAAGGUUCAUAAUAAAAGUGAAGGGGGAGGGCGAUCAUGUGAUCCUUGUAACAGCAGCUGUUCUCACUGCACCCCAGCACCCCCCCAAACAGCUUGUGAGGUCGUCAACCAGAAACGAACCUCUGAGACGAAGCUGGUUACAAAGCCCCCCCCCCCCCCUCCGGAGCCCCGCCCCCUGUGAGUGCGUGCGACAGGUUGGAGGGAGCGUUUGAUUGAGAAGGGGAGGAGUCACUGUGAGCGAAUGAUACAACAUUGGUUGUACCCACCACGAGUUUAUCUCCACCCGUCUCCUAGCCCCACACCGCCAUCAUCCCGCCGCCGUGACAGGUCCGCUCUGAUUGGUGGACGUGUCGGUGGAGAUGAUUCAUACUAAAGUUUACGAUUAAUCCGAUUUUUCACGGAGACUGAAGUUCAGUGUGACCUGAAGGGGGCAGCACUGAAUCCAACUGGUUCUGUUCUUCAACUGGUUUCUCAGCAAAAUGACGUUAAACACUUGUGAAGUGUUGACAAAAGAAGAACUGGUUUCCAUUGAGUUGGAUUCGAUCACGUCGUUAAACUGGUCCCAGUUCAACUCGAUCCACAUCAGUGAGGAAACUCUUAAUUCCCCAAAACCAAUAAGUUUAAAAGAACCUGAUCGACUUCACUUUGAGCUCAUUGUGCUCGUGAGAACAGAACUAAUUGGAUCUUCUCGUGUUUUUGUCCGACACCAGAACCUCGGCUGUGGAGAUGUGACUCCUCCUCGUGGAGGAGCAGCAGCUGGGAGGUGGUUCCGUGGUCUUUCCCUCAGGAGGUUCAGAUUCUCAGUUUUCAGGGGACGGCAGGGCGCGGUGUGUCGAUAGAAUCUUGAAUGUACAAAAGGAUCAGUGCGGGUCCGAAACAGGUUUCUCUCUUUUCCGCUCCUUGUUUUUUUAAAGCACCGCUGUCGAGGUGCUCAGAGAAUCCCUGGUCUCCAUCCCAGUCAGGAACCCUCAGGUGUUUUCAGGUUAGAGAACGACCACAACAAAGCCAGCGAUUUGAGAACAUAAAGUAAAUCAGGGUUUUUUCUUCAUCGAUACUUUCAUCACUCAGUGGAUUAAGCUUCAUCCCCACGACUUUGACUUUGUCCCUCGUGGCUUCCUCUAGCGGAGCCACAGCAGCGCCACCUGCAGGACGUCAGAGUCAUUCCCUCCCCUCCAUCACCAGUUCUCUGAUAAUGGCUGACUUGUUUUUAUUUUGCAUAGGGAACUCAUAAAAAUCCCUAACUCUUAUUACUUGAACAAUAUUACAUGGCUCACUGCUGAAUGUCUUUAUAUGGAAAUAGAGGUUUAUUAAAGAGAAGCAAGCGGGGGAGGUCCCCGUCUGGACGUGAGCAGCAGGUUUUCCAGAGUUUUAUGACAGAUGUACAGUAUUCAUUCCAGAUAGAGACACUUCAGGAGGGAGGCGCUGUUUGAAACUCUCCUCAGAGAUAUGUUCCAAUCUUUUCCUUCACUGAGGACUCGUCUGAAAUUGCACACAUUAUCAUCUACAAGAGACUUGUGUUAAUAUUUACCUGUGAUGUCCGAUCCCGAGUCACGACUACACGCAGAUGUCCUAUCUAUCAUAUAUAAAUAUAUCUAUAUAUAAACACUGCUUAGAGAUACUUCUGGUUUCUUUUCAGUUGCAGUCGUUGUUCUUUGACUGUUUUUGUUUCGUUUCUCCCAAAACGUUUAAACCAAAGAUUUCAGUUCAUGUCGAUCUUUCACUUGUUGAUUUGAAGGUGAUGAUUCAGUGUUUUGUUUUAAACCUCCACCGCCUUGAUAUUAUCACGACUCAGAAGAUGAAGCAUGUUGUGUGAGUGAGUCUCGUUCAGUUUGUGUUGAAAAGAGCUCAAACUGGUUCUUUGGUCGGGAAGGAUCCGUCUUUAAAGUCUUUAAAGUCCUCGUCCAGCGACGUCAAACCAAUCACCUUCAACCUGCUCUCUAUCUGUUCAAGUGAAACCAGAAAAGUCCCAGAGUCGCUGCUUCUCGCUCACGUUACUGCUGCUGGACGUGUCCUGUAGAAACCUCACAGAUAGAGCGACGCCCUGAAGUCACGAGCGACUAGAGCGACAGGUUCUUCUUCCUGCUCGCCGCCGAUAACGUUUUGUGCAAACACGAUAUUAUCGUCUCUAAACGAUGUUUGACUGAACUUCAAGAUCAACAAGAUAUAGACAAAUUAAACAAAAGAUAGAUUAGUAAUACAAUUAUAUAACAAGAUUAGAAGAAUGUUAUUAAUAAUUAUACAACAAGGAAUGUUUGCAAUGAGGCAAAUCUUCCACUUGACUGAGGGUCAACAGGGACGUUGUAUUUUGAUAGAAGGAUUUAAUGUUAAAUAGAUUUAACGUUUAAAUCUUUACAUCACUUCCUGCUCCGAGCUUUCUACAGGACACGUUCUGUCUCGUCCAAUCACAACAUGCAAUAUUCCCUUUUCUGUCGCGGGCGUUUCCGAACGGGCGAGUUUCCGUUUGCAGUCGAGCGGAGAGAGAAGCAGCUGAAAGGUUUCGUGGGACAAACCAAAAUAUCUGUAGAUUUUUUUACUGACUGUUCAGUUGAGGUCUCACUUUGGGAAACUCAGACUCAAAUAACUCCAGGAAACCGGCUCAGAAAACAAAGGUACCUUCUGGUUCACAGGUGCAGCCUCAGUGACUCAAAGGUCCAAUAAACCUCCUGUUACCUUCACUUUCUGAGUGUUUGUACUCACUACACCACAGGACUGUUAACCAGGCAACUGUCUGUUGUUCCUCUGCUCAAAUAUAACUUCUACAACUACUACAAGUGGCACUCCAGCAGAUCUGCAGAGUUUUAUUUGCAGCCGGGUUUGAAUAUGUUUGUGAUUCUCACCGAGGAGUCGUGUUGUGUUCUUCCCACUGCUUCUCUGAUCACAGUUCCCAGCACAGCUUCGACGAGGAACAGCUUCUUUAUAGAUAAAUUUAUAUAAAGUUCACAUCUACGGGAACUUUUAGAAAAACUAACUAAAAAAAAACAUUUUAAAAAAGUGUAUAUGACCCCCCCCCCCCCCCCCCUUCCUCUCUUUGACCCUUUUGGACAUUCGUACAGAUCCAGCAUGCAUAUUUGGUACUAUUGACUGUUGUUUUUUGUGUAUAAAAGAAAACAAGUAAAAAAGAUGUCUUUGAAAAACAACUGUUAUUUGUCUGUUUAUGAAGUAUUGAGAUCUGAACGUGAUUCAGCCAGUUGAACAUCACUGCUUCAGCUGGAACCAGUUCCAGUCCUUUUUGUGUCGGUUGUAAAAUGCCAUGUGGACGCAACACUGAGAAGGUGGAUCGCUGGGGACGCUGGUCCUGGAGCCCGGUGCAUUGUGGGCCACGACCAAAGAACCCAGCAGAACUCGAUUGUGAAGAAAAACGAUUUGGUUGUUUUCAAUCUGAAGCAUGAACAGACUGAGACUCACAGCUGUUCCACUUUCUAAAUUCUCCAUUGGGACGGUGAAGGUCCAGUGAAACCCUGAGUUCCGGUGCUGGAAGGUUCUGGUUCUUUCUCAGUGUCGCCCUCUGCCGGCUGCUCGUGGCUCUCUCUCUCUCUGGAGCGGCUCCGGCCCUUCACUGAACCUUUUACUUUCUCGUAUCGGUUGCAAUAGUUUGUUGGUUGUAGACUCUGUUGAAGAGCUGAACUCGUGUACGUUUAUCAGUGGAGCUCCACCUCAUUACGUGCUCUUGCAGAAUAAAGAAAAUAUUUUGUUCAAA